AUGGCUUCGGCAGAAGCGAACAACGGUUUUAACAGUAAUAUAAACCGUGCCCAAAGCCGGUUUCAAAGUAGAAUGGUAGCGCAUAAUGGGUUUGAUGACAGUAGGAAUAUAAAUGGCAGGGAUGUACGGAAUAGAUCCAGAUACGAUGACAGAGGGUAUGAGGAUGAUAGGAGAUCGUGUUACGGUAACAGCAGGGGCCCCAAGAACUUCAGAAAUGAAUCACGCUACCGAGGUAGUAGUAGACCUCGGUCUUCGCAUUAUAACAGAACCCAAGAAAUACACAGAGGACGUCAGUUAGAACCGAAUUGGGAUGAGAUUAUACCUAUAGACCAGCGUGUACAUAUGAGGCUGACUAAAUGGGACGUAACGCCUAAAGGAUUUGAGAAUGUUCCUGCAGAAAGAGCCAAAUUAUCGGGACUUUUCCCGCUGCCUGGCCAGCCACAAGAUAUUGAUAAAUCCAAAUUAGAGGGAAUUGUAAGUAGUGGUGCCUUAACUCGCCGCACUCGCGUCCUUUUCGAGGACUUAACGGCUACAAAUAUGGCAGCUGUCCGCGCUAAUCGUCGUUUGAUUUUGACGUCGUUAGACGCGAACUUUGCAUGCGAUCAAACCGUGAUAGAGCUCAUAGCUGAGUUUGCGAGAGAUCUAGAAAGUGUGGAAGAAUAUGAACUAUUGCGAGGAAAAUGGCUAGAAGACCGAAGACUUUUGUUAGAGUUUUCCAAAGAGGAAGCGGUCACGCUUGUACUCGCAUGCCAAAAAUUCAUCGAGAAAAGACUGAACACCAAGUUUGUUUGGCAGAGGCCCGGCGAGUUUGUACAGAAAGCUGCUGCGGACGAUCCCAUAUGUGGUGGGAAAGUAAUUGCCGUGCAUGACAUCCAGGAAAACGAUGAAGAAACUAUCAGACACUUUCUCACGAGUAAAGGCAUUCAAAUCUCUUGGUUGAAACUCAUCAAAGUUGGGAAAGGAUUGGAAUCUACUCAGAGUGUCUUGUUUGAGCCAGAAAAUGAAAUACAACAGCUCAAGGAUCUGAAAUGGUCGCGACCAAACGACUCCAAAUUGAAGCAAAAUUUUACAGAUAUCACUUUCCAAAAUUUGCCACGUCUUGUCUCGAAGCAGGGACACGAGGCCACAAGAGUGCUGAUGCUAUUGAAUUGCAUUGAUCCGAUGGAUCUUAAAGAUGAUGAAUUUGUUGCAGAGAUAGAAGACGCCAUGCAGAAUUCUGAUGUCAUGUUAAGUUUCGGUGAAAUAGAGAGUGUGAAAAUUCCGGUACCCAGUGCGGACUAUCGUAUGAGUUUCGACACGAUUUCAGACAACGUUGGCAAAAUAUAUGUCAAGUUCAAAGAACUCCAGGGCGCAAAAAAUGCAAUGAACAAGCUUGCAGGGUCGAAAUUUAAUGACAGGACCGUGCUGUGCUCUUAUUUCAGCGAAAGAGAUUAUAACAUGAACGUUUUGUAG